AUGAGCGCCAUGCGGCUGCUGCUGCUCGCCGUGCUCGUGUCCUUCUCGUUCGCCCGCGCCGGCUGCGAGCCCAAGAUCGUCAACAUCGGCGCCGUGCUGAGCACCAAGAAGCACGAGCAGGUCUUCCGCGAGGCCAUCAACCAGGCCAACAAGCGCCACGGCACCUGGAAGAUCCAGCUCAACGCCACCUCCGUCACGCACAAGCCCAACGCCAUCCAGAUGGCUCUGUCCGUCUGCGAGGACCUCAUCUCCAGCCAGGUCUAUGCCAUCUUAGUAAGCCACCCACCAGCUCCAAACGACCACCUGACGCCAACGCCAGUGUCCUACACGGCUGGAUUCUAUAGGAUCCCUGUCAUUGGGCUGACAACGCGCAUGUCCAUCUAUUCAGAUAAGAGCAUCCACCUGUCCUUCCUGCGCACCGUGCCCCCUUACUCCCACCAGUCCAACGUCUGGUUCGAGAUGAUGCGCUUUUACAAGUGGAACCACAUCAUCCUCAUUGUCAGCGAUGACCAUGAGGGAAGAGCCGCCCAGAAGAAGCUGGAGACCCUCCUAGAGGAGAAGGAGUCCAAGGCUGAGAAGGUGCUUCAGUUUGAACCCGGGACCAAGAAUGUGACGUCGCUGCUGUUGGAAGCAAAAGAGCUGGAGGCCCGCGUGAUUAUCCUCUCGGCCAGUGAGGAUGACGCCACCACGGUGUACACAGCAGCGGCGAAAGAAAACAUGACCGGCCCGGGCUACGUGUGGCUUGUGGGGGAGAGGGAGAUCUCGGGCAACGCCUUGCGGAACGCCCCUGAAGGGCUGAUCGGGCUGCAGCUCAUGAACGGGAAGAACGAGUCUGCCCACAUCCGGGACGCGGUGGCUGUCGUGGCUCAGGCUGUGCACGACCUGUUCGAGAAGGAGAACAUCACCGACCCACCCCGGGGAUGCGUGGGGAACACCAACAUCUGGAAGACGGGGCCCCUCUUCAAGAGGGUGCUGAUGCAGACCAAGUACGGGGAGGGAGUGACUGGCCGGGUCGAAUUCAACGAGGACGGGGACAGGAAAUAUGCCAACUACAGCGUCAUGAACCUGCAGAACAGCAAGUUGGUGCAAGUCGGGGUGUACAAUGGAAGCCACUUCCUGCCCAAUGACCGCAAGAUAAUCUGGCCGGGAGGAGAAACGGAAACCCCGCAGGGCUACGAAAUGUCUACGAAACUGAAGAUAGUCACGAUCCACCAGGAGCCGUUUGUCUACGUGAAGCCGACCCUGGCGGACGGGAAGUGCAAGCCGCUGCUGAACAGCACGGGGGGGCUGGUGCAGCAGGUGCUCUGCACCGGGCCGAACGAGACCAUGCCAGGCCGCCCCAGCGUGAUGCUGUGCUGCUACGGCUUCUGCAUCGACCUGCUGAUCAAGCUGGCCAAGACCAUGAACUUCACGUACGAAGUCCACCUCGUGGGCGAUGGUAAAUUUGGCACCCAAGAGCGGGUGAACAACAGCAACAAGAAGGAGUGGAACGGGAUGAUGGGGGAGCUGCUGAGCGGCCAGGCCGACAUGAUCGUGGCGCCGCUGACCAUCAACAAUGAGCGGGCCCAGUACAUCGAGUUCUCCAAGCCCUUCAAGUACCAGGGGCUCACCAUCCUCGUGAAAAAGGAAAUCCCGCGCAGCACGCUGGACUCGUUCAUGCAGCCGUUCCAGAGCACGCUGUGGCUCCUGGUGGGGCUCUCGGUGCACGUGGUGGCCGUGAUGCUCUACCUCCUGGACCGCUUCAGCCCGUUUGGCCGGUUUAAAGUGAACAGCGAGGAAGAGGAAGAGGAUGCCCUGACGCUCUCGUCCGCCAUGUGGUUUUCCUGGGGAGUCCUGCUGAACUCCGGCAUCGGAGAAGGCGCCCCGCGGAGUUUCUCGGCUCGCAUCCUGGGAAUGGUGUGGGCCGGAUUCGCCAUGAUCAUCGUGGCCUCGUACACAGCCAACCUGGCUGCCUUCCUGGUGCUGGACAGGCCCGAGGAACGGAUCACCGGCAUCAACGAUCCCAGGCUGCGAAACCCUUCGGAUAAAUUCAUCUACGCCACCGUGAAGCAAAGCUCGGUGGACAUUUACUUCCGACGGCAAGUGGAGCUGAGCACCAUGUACCGGCACAUGGAGAAGCACAACUACGAGAGCGCCGCCGAAGCCAUCCAGGCCGUCCGCGACAACAAGCUCCAUGCGUUCAUCUGGGACUCAGCCGUGCUGGAGUUCGAAGCUUCGCAGAAGUGCGACCUGGUGACCACGGGGGAGCUGUUCUUCCGCUCAGGCUUCGGCAUCGGGAUGCGCAAGGACAGCCCUUGGAAGCAGAACGUCUCUCUGGCCAUCCUCAACCUCCACGAGAACGGCUUCAUGGAGGAGCUGGACAAGACCUGGGUGAGGUAUCAAGAGUGCGACUCCCGAAGCAACGCCCCAGCAACGCUCACCUUUGAAAACAUGGCAGGUGUAUUCAUGCUGGUGGCUGGAGGUAUUGUGGCCGGGAUAUUUUUAAUAUUCAUAGAAAUAGCAUACAAAAGGCAUAAAGACGCCCGGAGGAAGCAGAUGCAACUGGCGUUUGCGGCUGUUAAUGUGUGGCGGAAAAACCUGCAGGAUAGAAAAAGUGGUAGAGCAGAACCAGACCCUAAAAAGAAAGCCACUUUUAGGUCCAUCACCUCCACCCUGGCCUCCAGCUUCAAGAGACGUAGGUCAUCCAAAGAUACGGUAAGAGGAAGCAAAACGAUUAUGCCCUCUUUCUCUCUCUCGCUCUCUCUUGCUCUCUCUCUCUCUCUCAGUCUCUCUCGCUCUCUCUCUCUCUCUCUCUUCUGCCAUCCCAUCAACUACCACACACCCCAUCCCGAAGCUGCCAGUGUAACCUACCAUAGCCUCAUGUCCGUCAAGAGUCGGUCAGUCAGUCAGUCAGUCAGUCGGUCAGUCAGUCAGUCGGUCAGUCGGUCAGUCGGUCAUUCCCGUGUCCUUCCAAAAGUUUCAGAGCCCGGGAGGGCAAGGAAGGUCUUGACUGCGUUGUAGUGUCUUGUGAAGAGUUUGGAGAUGACAGCGCAGCAGUGAGUUUCUCGUUCUUGUUUUUUUGUUUUGUUUUGUUGUGCUUCGUUUAUUUUGAACUAGACUCUUUAAUUUUAUUCUCCUUGGAAAUGUGGUUUAAAGUUUCCUCCCCCUGUUGAUGCCAACUUUAAAAAAAACUAAGUGACCCUUCCCCAUUUUCUGAGUGUUCC